GGUGUCGGGUGUUUCGGGUGCCUGUAAAAGGGUGUAGAGCGAAGAAGAACCAAACGUUGAGCGUGGGCUUUUUCUGUUUCUAGAUAUCCACCGGUGCGUGUGCGUCGUGUUACUUUGUUGCGCUCCUCGCGAAGCUCAAACGCACAAAUAAUUGAUAAACCCGAGCGAAAGUGACUUUGUCGGUGAUCCAGCCAACCGGCCAGCCAGCUGUGUAAUAUCGCCUCCGGAAGCGGCACCAACAAGCAACCAUUCGCGAAUUACGCCGCCCGAUCGUGACACUUCUCCCUAGACCAAGGAUCCCUUUAGAGCGCGCUGCCGCACGAAACGCGAAAACAAUAUGCCCAAACACACCGCAGGCCGCCUUUGUGGUCCGCGAAGGUUCGCUAGUGUUUCUUCGCUGUGCAGAUCCAAGUAGACCCGCCGGUGACAGAAGUAACCAAGCAAAGAAGUAGGCACCAUACGAGGUGGGAACGGCGAGUGUACCAGGACUUCUUGAGAGUGACGAUUGUGAUUUAGUUCCGCAGAGUGCCGCUCGGGAUCCGGAAAGUUUCGUGUAGGCUGUAGGCGAGAGAUAGAGCAGUAUAGAGAAGAGGAAGAGCUAGAUAGAAGCCGCAAAGCGAGAGAGCUAGAGAGGGAGAGAAAAAAGGAGAGCGAGGGAAAGAAGUGCUCGUCGACCCGCGACCCGGGCCACCGACGUUUCGCGUGCCGCGGUUCGCGGCUGGGUGCGUUUCUUGGAUGGUGUCACAGGACCGUUGGGCGGAAGCAAUGUCCGACUCCGGGUACGAUUCGCGCGCGGACGGCAACGGGACCGCGUCCAGCUCGUGCAACAAUUCGCUCAAUCCGCGAACGCCACCGAACUGCGCCCGGUGCCGCAACCACGGGCUGAAGAUCGGGCUGAAGGGCCACAAGCGGUACUGCAAGUACCGCCACUGCAACUGCGAAAAGUGCUGCCUGACGGCCGAGCGGCAGCGCGUGAUGGCCCUGCAGACGGCCCUGCGCCGCGCCCAGACGCAGGACGAGCAGCGGGCCCUGAACGACGGCGAGGUGCCACCGGAGCCGGUAGUUAGCAUUCACAUACCCAAGCUGUCCGAGCUGCAAGAGCUGAAGCAUAAUAUGAUUCAUAAUUCUCAGCCGAGAUCCUUCGAUUGCGACUCCUCCACCGGAUCGAUGGCGUCCACCCCGGGAACAUCCAGCAUGGCGCUGACGGUGCACCGGCGGUCCCCGGGCAUCCCGCACCAUCCGGCCGAGGCGCAGCAUCUCGGAGCCACACACUCAUGUCUUUCUCCCGAGCCCGUAAACCACCUGCCUGACGACGAGCUGGUCAAGCGAGCCCAGUGGCUGCUGGAGAAACUGAGUUACCCCUGGGAGAUGAUGCCCCUCAUGUACGUCAUACUGAAGAACGCGGACGGCGAUGUACAGAAGGCGCACCAGCGGAUCGACGAAGGUAAGGAAGUGAUUGCGAACUACCGGGAGCUACUGCUGAAGUCGUCGCUCGACCAUCGCACCAACAGCGACCGGCUGACGGAGGAGGACGACGAGGACGAGAACAUCUCGGUCACCCGGACCAACUCGACGGGUCGGUCGCGGUCCGGCUCACGGUGCCGUUCCCGGUCGUGCUCGCCGCUAGCGGAAACGCACCACCACCGCGCCACUACCGACCAGCAGGACCCCGACCGGGUGCUCAACCUCGACACUAAGGCCCGGCCACGCUCGGGGGGGAGCCGGUAUCGCGGCGAUCGUGACGAUGCCACCCCCAGCACGACCCAGGAGCCCAGCCCCGCAUCCGUGAUCGUCGAUGGGCGACCGGCCGAUGGUGGAGGACGAGGCCGCGGCGGUGGUCACAGCAAGAAGUUCGGGACCGGGACGGUCGAGCACCACCAUUCGCAUCAUCUGACGGCGCUCCGUAAGUCACCUUCACCGGAAGCACCGGUUGUUACCAGCAGGCGGGCGGCGUACGAGCUGCUUCCCCCCAGUGCAUCGCCGUCGUCUCCGAAGCGCGAGGUGGACGAGACGCGGUACGCACCGUACCUGGAGUCGUUGCGGCGGAGUAAAAGGCCCACCAGCAGCAGCAGUGCGGUAGUAGCGGCGGCAGCGGCGGCAGCAGUGGCGGCAGCAGCGGCGGACAUGAUCGUCGACUGCUACGACAGCAAGGAGAAGGACGUGACGGCGGCGGCGACGACGACGACGACGUAUCCGCCGUCGCUGACCGGUGGCAGUAGUUCCUUCGAAAAGCUGCACCAGCUGGGGAAGAAGUCGAACGGCGGGCCGGCGGGGGGCUGCCCGCUCUACAAGUACGGUGGCAUCGAGGCGAGCAGCUUCAGCUUCCCGUUCGCGCUCCUGCCCCAGUUCGAGGCCGUCAACCGGACGCUCUUCUCCGCACACGGCUCGCCCUCGGCCGUUCACUUCCCGGGCCAAAUCCUGCCGUCCGCCCAGUAUCCGUCCGUUAGUAGCGAGUCCACCGCGACGACAGCCACCAUGCCCAUGUUUCAGCCGCCCUUUCAGUUCUUCGGUUACCAGCCUUCCCUCCAGUUGCCCCCGAUCGACUUUUACCGCAAGGAGCAACACCACCAACAGCAACAGCAGCAACAGCAGCAGCAGCAGCUACUAGAACCAAAGGAACCGUCGUCCUCGACGUCACCGACGUCACCGACGCCCAUCGCCGCCGUAGGUGGACUGUUUUACGCGAGUGCGGUCGAGAACUCGCUCGCCUCCUCGCAGGCUUCGAUCGCCACCAUCCUCUAAGACCCCCCUAGGCGGAGGACAGGUCGAGCAACGGGGCCUGGUGAUGUGGCUCAUAAAUGCUAUGUGGAGAGAAGAUUACUGUACGCCCAUAGACGCUACCGUGAGUGAGUCGGUUUGGUCCGCCGAACGAGUCCUGCAGCUUAUAGGAGGGGUCGCUUCCACCGCCGCCUUUCAUUAGUGGGUUGCGCACCCCCAGCACAGGCGACAUCAUCCCUGGAUCCGGCGGCUGGUAGCAGCUACAGCAGCAGCAGCAGCAGCAGUGCGUAUGCCCCGGUGGUGCUCGUUAGCGCAUUACCCGUUCUUCAAUUCACGACACCACUAGACAAGGCGCGUGAUCGCGUGACACGGGAGAGUUAAUGAAUAUUGUUCGUGCAACGAAGGUCUACACUGUGAUACAAAAUGUUGUGUACAGGAUAAACAAAUUACAACUAUUGCCACAACGCAAACACACCGAAGGUAACAAAUACAUUUCAUGCGUGAUUUUGAAUGCUAACGGUUUCUUUAGACGCAAGAGAGAGAGAGAGAGAGAACCAGAACCCCUGCUAGACGUAGUUAGUAGUAGCAGUCCGUGUCGCAUAGGGAAAGGUAGAGAGAUUCCAGAGGUAGCACUACCAGAAGCUGAUACCAAACUCUGACCGCUAUUCUCGCAAUCCGGCGAUUGUCCCACCAAAUUUCUACUCAAAACAGAUUCCCGAUUCAACCGUUUGAUUGGCUUUGCGCUACUAAUUAAGGCACAGGGGAUGGUUUUGGACACGGAACAGGAGCAGGAAGAAAGCUGUGUCACCCACCAUCAUGUUUGAAAAAAGGGGAAAGGAACAAAGUUUAGUGUCAAUGUUACAACACAUCUCCCAUGGAAGAUGGUUUCGGAUUGUCACUGAUCGAUCGUGAUGUGAGGUUAGUGCAAAAGGAAAGAAGCAGUAAAACACGGUAACAAGCAAAAAUGGCUAGUAGGAAUCGAAUUGUGAUACACACGUACAGCAUUGUUCUUGAUAGCUUAAUAGUUUAUAGUUUUCGUCCAGCGCGCGUGAGAGAUACGUUAAAUAACGGCUAACUAGCAGUCAGCCCGUCCGUCGCCGUGGGCUGUUGUUUUUUGGGCUCCCCAUCACAUCCUGUUGGCCCUUUUUGGCAUAUGUGUGUGUGUUCUGUUUUCUUUUUAAAUUUCUUCCUCGACGGAUACACACUUACACACACUCCGACACACACACACACACAGAGAAUCGUACAAGUUUAGGAGUUUCACUAAGUUUGAUUGGUUUUUAGUAGUCUAAGUUUUUAGCAGUUAGGCAUGUUUAUUGUUAUGUUUCAGCUUAAGAGGAACGACAGCCGCUGCUAGAGAGCAUCGAGAGAGGUAGAGGGAGGACCUGUAGCGGCCUGUCUGAGGUCUCAACAAACCGCAGCCAAGAGGGCAGAUGCUAAAGUCGAAUUUAAAUGUAAACCACUGUCGUCGUGUAAGGGCAUCAUUUUAAACUAAAUGCAUGCAUCAUAAUGAAUUAAAAGAGGGUUUAAUGUUCCAAUGAAACUAUAGUAACCAACAAACGGUGUUAAAACAGAGGAGAAAGAGAUGCAAACGCGAAAAGCCGUAUGAUGGAAGGAACGUGUGUAAUAGUCGAGAAUAGUGAAAAAUGAGCUACAUACACAAAAGCGGAACCGAUGGCGACGAUGCGACCCUUCUUGUGGGUGCCUCGGCAUCUCGCAGGGAUCGAUCUCCGUCAGCCGUCGAGUGAUGGGCGUUGUCACUCACACGCAUCACAACAUAAACCAUGCAGCUGGAAAGCCAUCUAUUUCUUUUCCUUUUUGUGCCACAAUGCUACGAGAGCUGGACACACACAUACAGGGGUCAGGAGCACAGUUUGUUGGAAGUAAUCGAAAGAUCGGAGAUCGGAUCUUGCAAUAUCUUUCCCACCCGACCACCACCCUCUUUGUCCGUUCGAACAAUUCCUCGCUAUCCUUGUCCUUAAAGAAAGAUGUCAGGUGAACGCAACCCCAGCAGCAGCAAAAGCUUUCUCACUUUGCGAAAAUGUCUAUCCCACGCUCUAUAACAAAGGCGAAGCAGCAGAUGCAGAAAUGGAGGGGUCAGCACAGUAAGCAAGCAAGAACCUUGUACAUAUAUAGUUCUACAAAACACAGCGCGAAUGUACAUCAAACCAAACGCCCCUAAUACCCACACCCACAGCACACAGGACAGGCGAUAUCAGUUGGCGGGUGCCAAGAUACACACACGAGGACACAAUAGCAGAACUGGCUUUAGCUAGAGGCCCCCUUAGAAAAAAGUCUGCAUGUAUAGGCGGCGGCCACCAGAAAUGCAGGAGCGUCCGCAAUUCUACGCCGGAAACACGCCCUCACGAGAAAUAGGCCACCCGACCACCCGAAACACAGAAAAAACCAUGUAUAACGUUUUAAAAUGUCCACCAAUUGACCUGUAAUAAAAAACCUGUAAGAAUGCAAAAUAUAAAACCAGAAUUCAAGUGGAACAAUGCAAACAAAGUAAAUAAAUUAUUAAU